AUGUGGAUCAAUUGUCUUUUCCCCUAUUUGAAGACCUAUUCAAAGGAAGUCAACAUAGCUAAUUUUACGGGCAAAGUGGCUGCAGUAGAUGCAUCGUGCUGGAUACACAAAGGUUUAGCAAUAUCGGUAUCACAGACAGGAAAACAAAAAAAGUAAAAAAUAGUUGUCUGUAUUUACAGUAAUAUUUUUGCACUGGAAAUUCUCUUCGUCAUCGAGACUGAUCAGUUCUUUUUAUCUAGGUUUUCCCAAACAUUUAAAAGGUACCUACAGCUACUGAUCGAUUCGAAGAUUACGCAUAUUGUAGUUUUCGAUGGAAAACCACUUGAAGCCAAAGCAAAAGAAAACUGCCGAAGACAAAGGUGAUGAACAUAUAUAUAUAAUACAACGUGUUAACCUGGUGGCUCUGUCAUAAAUGUUGAUUUCAUGGUUUCUGUAUUCUAUAGGCAGAGACAAGAACAGUUGAUGAAUGCCACUGUAGAUGAGCAAACAAAAGACGAGGAUAGAAACAAGAUGUUGAGCCGGUCUGUAGAAAUGAAUUACGAUGAUGUUGUUGAGUGUGUGAAGGUACUGCAUGUAGUUUGAUUUUAUGCACGUGUUUAUGUUUGUUGUUGAGUGUGUGAAGGUACUGCAUGAAGUUUGCUUUUACUGUAUGCACAUGUUUAUGUGCUUGUCGAAGGAAACGUAUUUUUGAAAUAAUAAAUGCCCAGUAUAUUUAUAUUAUAUAUAAAUGCCCAGUAUAUUUAUAUUAUACAUAAAUGCCCAGUAUAUAUAAUAUUUUUAUUUGUAAAAAUGUAUGUAUUAAAGUAAAUAGAAAUCCACUUUUAUUUGUAACUUUCCAAAAAUUUACCGCAUCUAAUAUUUCGUUUCAGGUAUGCCUGAGUCAAGGAGUGACAUAUAUUGUUUCCCCGUAUGAGUCAGAUGCUCAACUUGCAUUUUUGGUGAAGCAAGGUUAUGCAGACUUUGCAAUAACAGAAGACUCGGAUCUGCUGGUGUAUGGUUGUAAGGAGGUUUGUAUAAAUUAAAGACCACAAUUUUAUGCACACAUACUUACAACAUAUAUUAAUUUACAUCAUCCUUUUGGGCAGUUACUCAGACUAUUUGCUAGUAGGUCACAAAAAUAUAUCAAUUUAGAGUAGGAUUCCAUCUUAGUGGGUGUUUAUAUGGAGAUGAACAAGCCCAGGUACAUGAGCUAGGUCACUUUGCAGAUAUCUAAUGUUGUAAUGUUAUUAUGCUAAUAUUAAUCUUGUGUUUAUAUGUAACCGGGCUGGUCCGCACAAACUAGCCUAGGUAGACGGGCUAUCUUGCCUCCGUAUAAACACCCCCUUACAUGCAAGUAAUUACAAGGCAGAAUCGGCAGAUGCAUAUUAAAGAGAGUUGCUUUGCAUGCAUUUUGCCCCAAUAGCAAUGCACCCUUGCCCCAAGGUGUCUACUUUAUAUUGUUUUAUUCUGCAGUCUAACAGAGGUUACAGAGUUACCAGUUUAGUCAUCUAGGGAAGAACACUGUUGCUCAAUGGGUUAAAGAAUGAGGAUGUCUGCAUGUUGGGAUUCAAUUUAAAAACCUGUAUCCACUUUGCAGUAUUAGUUCUUUAAAAUGAUUUGGAUCCUUACUAUUUAUUUUUUAGAUUCUUGUGAAACUCAGAUUGAAUGGGGAUGGGGAGGUUUUUAACUUGUGCGACAUCCUCGAUGGGUUAAAAGUGACAAUGGCUCAGUUUGUUGAUGGUUGUGUGGCUGCAGGAUGUGAUUAUUUAAAAAAUAUUCGUGGAUUUGGAAUCAACAAGGCAUUUUCAUUUGUGAAGGCUGGCACCCUCUUUGAUGAACUGAGGAAGAAAGGUGCUUCAAAUGACUAUGAAUGCCUCUUUAACAAAGCUGUGUCGGUGUUCAUGCACCAAACAGUUUUUAACCCUACGAAGCUACAUGUGCAACCACUUGGAGCAUGGACUGAAGAUCCAGACAAAGAGCUACAAGAUUAUUGUGGGGUGUAUCCUUGUACAUGA